AUUAAAUCAUUAAAUUAUUAGAGAUUUAUAUUGGAUAUGACAUUUUCUAAUAACCGGUCUUUUGUAUUCUGACUCUGAAGAAUGAUGAUAUUAAACCCAUGAAAGCACUUUGCUAUAGUAUAAGAAAGUUCAUGACAUUCUCACGGUUAUUUCAUAUCGCAUACGUUCGAAUCGAAAAAUACGUGACUCGUAGUUGAGUUAUGCAAUAUAAAAUAUAUAAAUAUACACAAGUGUUCAAACAAAUUAAUUGAUUAAUACUGACACUUCAAUUUUAAGUAAAUUAAAAUGAAUUUUAAAAAUUAUCAUGAUCGGUCCAUUUUAUUUACUAUCGUCUAGAUUGAUCUGCACCAAUCUUCAUACAAAUAACUAUCGUACCAAUCAUCUUAAAAUUUGAUUUAAAACUAGUCUUUUUUAAUCCGACUUUGAAGAAUAGUGAUAUUGAAAGCGUGAAAGUACUAUAAUAUAAGAAAGUUCACGAUAGUCUCACGUUUAUUUCAUAUUGCAUACGUUCGAAUUAGAUGAUGCGUGAGAUGCAAUAAAAAAUUUAUAAAAAAUAUAUUUAAACAAAUUAAUUAAUUCAUGUUGAAAUUUGAAUUUCAAAUAAAUUUAAAAUGAAUUUUAGGAAUUGUUAUGAUCAGUCCGUUCUAUGAUCGUCUUCAUUGGUCUGUACCAAAUUUCAUAUAAAUAACUAAUACUCUUAAAAAAACUGUAAUACUCUUAAAAUAUAGUUAAAAGUAUGUUCUUGAUACUUUCAAAUAUAUCGUUGUUAGAUUAUUUAAAUCUUGUAAAAAAUGUUGAGAAAGUCCAAAGUGAUAAUUAAUAAAUGUCAAAAUCUUUGACAUGUGUUAAAAAGUAUGGAAAGGUUAAUGUAAAUCAGUGAAAUGUUGAAAUUAUUUUAAAAUUUGAUUAAGAUUUAUUUAAAAAAAAAAUAUAUAUAUAUAUAGACACAUAUAUACAUACAUAUAUAUUUAUAUAUAUAUAUAUAAAAUAAUAAUAAAAAAUGAUUUUUCUAAAGUCUGUUCUAUUUUACUGUUCAGUAGUUAUAUUAUUCUUAUUUUUAUUAUUAUUGUACAUCCUUGGAGGUGUGCGAUACAUUACUGAUUUUGAGGAAAAUACUUGUGAAAUGACUUAUAUGUUCGAAUAUCCGCAAUAUGUGAGAAUUGCUUUGGACGAUAAUAUAGAGAACAAAUAUCCACGAUUUGGAUUAUAUGCAUAUGGAGAAGGUUUUGUUACAGAAAAACUUAGAAGAAUGUAUUUUACAGGAAUACCUGUUCUUUUUAUUCCUGGAAAUGCAGGAUCUCAUGAACAAGUAAGAUCUAUUGCUUCUGUCAGUUUGAGAAAAAGUCAAAAAAAUCGAACACCCUUUCACUUUGACUUUUUCACCGUAUCAUUGGGUAGAGAUUAUUCUGCUUUAUAUGGAGGUGUAUUGAUGGAAGAAACUAUGUAUGUUUUCCAUUGCAUAAACAAAAUUUUAAGUCUGUAUAAAGGAAACAUGGAUAAUGUUAUACUUAUUGGUCAUUCUAUGGGAGGAAUCAUAGCCAAAGGAGCUAUUUUAUUAGUUCCAAAUGCAAAACCGAGUACUGUCAGUAUUAUUAUCAACUUAGCAACCCCUUCUGUGCCGUCGCUAGUAUUUGAUAAUACUUUUGCCACUUAUUAUUAUAAUUUAGAGAAAAAAGCAAAUCAAAUUAAAGAAGCCGGGAUAACAGUCGUAUCAAUUACUGGAGGACCAAGAGACAUUGUUGUACCAGCAAAUCAAGCCAUAGAUCCUACAGCAGAUAUAAAUAUUCUUACUACAAGUAUACCAGAUGUUUGGAAAUCUACCGAUCAUCUUUGUAUUCUAUGGUGCAAACAAUUGGUGCUCUCUAUUGUGAGAUUUUUAUUUGAUAGUGUUGAUUAUACAAAAAAACCAGCUCAAAUUUAUAAUGAGCCUGCUCGUAAAUUGGAAGCCUUAUCUUAUCAUUUUUUACAUAGAAGUUCAGGAAAAAGAUUAUAUCAUUUUAAAGAAAAAUUUAAUUUUGAUAAAAAUGGUGAAUGGAUAGAAAAUAUACAAAGGCAAUACACAUGGGAGAGUAAAGUUAAUAGUUCUAGAAAAGGUUCUACAUAUUUAAUGAUUAGACUUACAGAUCCACGUGAUCAUUUGACAAUUGAGACAAUAAACUUAGAAACAAAAGAUUGGCUCUUUGUUUGUUCUGCAUCAAAUUUGCAAGGCUAUUCUAGAGUGUGUGAUUGGGGCUGGAAUCUUACAAAUAGGACAAGAAUGGCUCCAGAUUAUUUUCACAAACUCAGACGUGUUGUUGAUUUAGAUACACAAGAAAUUAAAUAUCCACAUAUGACACAUAUUAUUAUUAGAAUGACCUCGGAAGACUUAGAAAACAAUGUUAUAGUUACCAUUGAUGCAUACUCUCGUGAAAAAAGAAUUUUGCCUAUUAAAAGUAGGAUUUGGUCUAUUACAAAUCUUUUUAAUUCUAAUUUAUUUGGUCUGAUGAACUUUGGGCCUGGUCAAACAAGAUAUUAUAUAACUCUAGAUAAAAUAAAUGCAAUAAGUGUGGAGCUUAAAAAUAUUGAAUGCAAGAAUAUUAAAGGACCAGUUCACACUAGUAUUGAAUUAUUAGAACCAUGGAAUUCUGGCGCUAGUCAAACUAUAUUUUUAACUGAAAUAGAUAACGGACCCAAAACUAUGAAAGUGCAGACACAUUACAACUACGACACCAAUGUUUCUGCAAUAUUAAGGUUGACUUUAGAACCGAAAUGCGCAUAUAAAUUUAACAUUAAAGAAAGUGGCAUAAUAGAUCAAAUUUCUUGUUUAGUGAGAGAUCGCUGGUCCAUUCUUCAUAUAAUUAUUAUAAGUUUACUUUUAAUAAUAAUAUCGUUGCGAAUAGAUAGCGAUAAAAAUGUGAUUCCACCAUUGAUUGUUACAAUGGCUUUAUGUAUUAACUUUGGUCUUGUUUUCGAAAGCUGUGUGGCUUUGACCAUCAUUUGUCUAUUUGCUAUAGGUACAUGCUGUUCUGUUAUUUUCCUUGGUUCAUUAGCACAUGGUAUAGCUGUAAGAUUUUUAGCACGUGCAAUAGCAUUUUCAGUAACAUGGGCUGACUGGUUACUUGGUGGAUUGAAUCAACUGCCAUUCUUCACAACAAUUCUUGUCAUAUCUUUAGUUCCAGCAACAUGUGGAGCAUUAUCUAUGAUUAUCUCAGUAUUUUUGCACUUUUUAAAAUUAACGAGAAUGUAUGAAGAUUAUUUAGAAGAAUUAUUAAUGUCCUGCUUACAACAUUUUACCAUUGGUAGAGUUUUUAGGAGUAGAACAAAAACAGAAGUUACAAGAACAAAUGAAAAUACUCAGCAAAAAAUAAUAGAUUACAUGAUUCUUUUUAUUUUAUUGAGUUUCACUGCUAUCUCUGCUAUACCAUCUGUUCUUGUGUGGGCAAAAAAUUUCAGUUAUAAUACACGAUUAUUAACAGAAGAUUCUAUACUUCUUGUUAGUUGGGAAGUUCUAGCUGUAUGCAGCACUCUUGAACUUGUAAAAAUAUCUUCAAAAUCUUCAGAAUCAUGGAUAUUAAGCAAUAUAUUACGAUUUUUAAGUUGGAUUAUGCUUUCUACAGCAGCAACUGUUCGCCCAUCCUUUUAUCAAUGGUUUAUUCCACCUUCUGUGGCAAUAGUUACAGCUAUUCUUUCUCUUCAUUGUAUUAUUAAUGACAGAUUAAACUCAUAAUAUAUGAAAUAAGUAGAUGAACUAUUUAUGAAAAUAUUAACAGAGGAAAUAAAAAAAUCUGAACUGUAUCAUAAAAUAAAUGAUUUUACUUAUUAUUCGUGAAAAAAAAUUAGAUAUACAUAUUCAAUAGUCAAACUUAUAACCUUAUGAGUGCAUAAAA